AUGAGUGACGCCAUUACUAUCAGAACUAGAAAGGUUAUCAGCAACCCUCUUCUUGCCAGACGUCAAUUCGUCAUUGAUGUUUUGCACCCAAACAAGGCUAACGUCUCCAAGGAUGAAUUGCGUGAAAAAUUGGCUGCUUCUUACAAGGCUGACAAGGACGCCGUUUCCGUUUUCGGUUUCAGAACUCAAUAUGGUGGUGGUAAAUCCACUGGUUUUGGUUUGAUCUACAACAGUGUUGCUGACUUGAAGAAAUUCGAACCAACCUACAGAUUGGUCAGAUACGGUUUGGGUGAAAAGGCUGAAAAGGCUUCCAGACAACAAAGAAGACAACGUAAGAACAGAGACAAGAAGACCUUCGGUACUGGUAAGAGAGCUGCUAAGCACAAAGCCAAGAGAAACGCUGACUAA